GCAUUGCCCUCGUGUUGAAAACCUCAAUAAUUUAAACGUUUUGUUACGGUAUUGUUUAGAUAUCUCAUUAAGUGAUUAUUGUAUUUAACAACUAAAAUUCAUAACCUUUGUACUUAAAUUUAAAAAAAAUAUCUCAAAUUUAUAAAAAAAAAAACCGUAACGUUAAUAAAUAAAAAAAAAAAUCAACUACCGGUUUGUGAUUCCCAUUUCUUUGUGUAAAAUUAAUUUCGAAUGUUUGUUGAUUUAUAUUUUGAUAAUAAAAGUAUAAACACGUUAGAUCAACUUACAGUAAACUAAACAUUCAUGAAUAAAUCUAAUUAUUAAAGUAAUAAUAAAUUUGUUAAUUAUUAAGUUUAUAAAAUGAGUCUUGCGGAUGGUGGAGCGUUAUCACGCUAUGAAAUAUUUUCAUUAGUUGCAAAAUUAUCAUUAGUAACUGCAUUUGGUUUUUUUGGCAUGAGAUGGAUGAUAAAUCAAAUUGAUCCAAUAACAAAAACCAGAAAAAAGACUCAAGAAAAGGCUAGAGAACAAUUGGCAAAAUUGGGAAUUACUGCAUCAAUAGAUACCAACCAAUUAACUGAAUAUGAAAUGUUGAUUGCAGCUAAUCUUAUUGACCCUAAAGAUAUACCAGUAUCAUGGAAUAAUAUUGCUGGGCUUGAUACAAUAAUUCAAGAGCUCAAAGAAACUGUAAUACUUCCAAUUAGACGAAAAAAAUUAUUUGAAGAUUCGAAAUUAACACAAGCUCCUAAGGGUGUGCUUUUACAUGGACCACCUGGAUGUGGAAAAACAAUGAUUGCUAAAGCAACAGCUCGCGAAAGUGGCACUUGCUUUAUUAAUUUAGAUGUGGGCAUGCUUACUGAUAAAUGGUAUGGAGAAAGUCAAAAAUUAACGAACGCUGUAUUUUCUCUAGCUGUAAAAUUACAACCAUGUAUAAUAUUUAUUGAUGAAAUUGACUCAUUUUUAAGAGUACGUAGCUCUCAAGAUCAUGAAGCAACUGCUAUGAUGAAAGCACAGUUUAUGUCACUGUGGGAUGGUUUAAUCACUGAUCCUUCGUGUACAGUAAUUAUUAUGGGAGCAACUAACAGACCAAAAGAUUUGGAUCGCGCCAUUCUCAGACGAUUACCUGCGACAUUUCACGUCGGCCUACCAACUGUAGAACAACGCACAGAAAUUCUUAAACUUAUUUUGAAAACUGAGCCUAUUGAUACAGACGUUGAUAUCGAUAAAUUAUCUAAAUUAACAGAAGGUUUCUCUGGAUCUGAUUUACAUGAAAUGUGCCGUACAGCAUCAUUGUAUCGUGUUCGUGAUUAUUCACGAGAACACCCAAACUCAUUUCAUGAUAUGUUAGAAAAUGCCAACAGUGAUGAAACUUUGGCGAACACAAGUAGUAGUAAUGAUGAAGAAUAUCAUGAUACUUUGCGGCCGAUAGUUCACGAUGAUUUAAUGACUGCGUUUGAAAAGAUGAGAAUAUCCAAAGUAAAAACAGGCAGUUUAAACAAUAUGUCUAGAUUCGAUUUAGAUUAAAUAUUUAAUUCUAUAAUAAAAAUAUUUAAUGUUAAAAAAAUUUAA